UACACUUCCUCCCCGGGGUCCUUCGCGGCAACACUCUUCCAAGAUGGCAGCCAACAGCAGCAGCACGGGCAGCAAGUCGAGCAGCGGCUCCGGAGGGAAACAGCCCGGUCCUUCAGCGGAGCAGGUGGUGGCCACAUUUCAGAGGAUGCGUCAGGAGCAACGAGGAAUGGCUUCUAAAGCUGCUGAGCUGGAGAUGGAGAUCAACGAGCACAGCUUAGUGAUCGACACGCUGAGGGAAGUGGAUUCUUCAAGGAAAUGCUUUCGUCUGGUAGGAGGAGUGUUGGUGGAGAGAACAGUAAAAGAAGUUCUACCAGCUUUGGAAAACAACAAAGAACAGAUCUCCAAAAUAGUCGAGACCAUCAACACAUCGAUGCAGACGAAAGGACGGGAACUCACCGAGUACAGGGAACGCUACAACAUCCGGUUGGUGGGGGAGGGUGAAGGAGAGGCACAGGGCCAGACGGCGGCGUCUUCCGGGGACAGCGAAGGAGGCGGUUCCAAAAGUGGCGCAGGCGUUUUAGUGUCGUAGUUUCUUAUAAUAUUGGGAGACAAUAGGGCCUUAUGAUUUCUGCAGUAGUGAAAACACAGUCACAAAAUGUAGGUUGAAAACUCUUUACAGGGAAACUUUGGAUUUGGAGAUUACUGAAAUUCCUGCUAAACACGGGGCCCUUGGUUUGGACGUAAUUUUGCCACAGACAGAAAUUCAAAGUGUACACUGCGCUCUUCUUGUUCAGCGUGAAUGCUAAGUUGUUUGUCAUUUGUUAAAGCGGAAAUAUUUGUGGCUUAAAUUAAAUUCAACUUUGUCAACCCCUGCAAUUUUACAGAAACAAAGCAUUUUCUAAAGUGACGAUUUGUGAAUGACACCUUUAAGGCUGGGUUCAUUUGGCCCUUGAGGAGGAAGAACAGGUCCCAGAAUGCAGUUUGACAACACGAUUUGUGAGCAUGAACAACAGAUUAAACUGUAAACUUGUCACUAAAGAUCAAAUUUCAAUCUUUGAGCUUUAUUCACCCUUUUCUGCUUCACUCAACACACAAGUGAUGCAUCGAAAGGCUGCUGGUUUGAAUCCAUGAUGCUGACGUGAAGUCAGGUGUGUGACCAGUACAUGCUAUGACACUGUUACUGUUAAGCCCUGUCAUUAAAAGUACAACAAAACUUGUUCUAUUCUUUUUGACCUGUAGCUCGAGCUUGGAACGGUUAAAGUAAGUUAACACAGUCUGACUGACCCUGGGUCUGACGCUGUUCAAUUAGUUGUGAGGACAAAACUGUUUUGUUUAUGAUCAUGAAUUAAAGAAUUGUCACAAUUGUG